GUUUAUUGUUAACGAAAUGUGAUGUGAUUUAGAUAUUGAUUGUUAAUAGAGUUAAGAUAUAGAACGCCUAUCAAGUGAUAGUGUGAUUACGAGUAGUGCUACAGAAGAGAUCGGAAUCGUGAGGACGCGUGACAUAUAUUGGAAGUGAUUAUUCGACUACGAUAUUGCGAGACCAGACAUAAUGUCUGAAUUAGAUCUUUUAUUGAAUAAACAAAGUUUAAAGACUAUAUUUAUAAAUUAGUAACUCAUUAUAAAUGUGGAAACAUAUUAUAUAAAUUUGAAGGAAAUGUCUACAAAAUAUACCAUAGCUUUAGCUCCGUUGGAUGCCUUUGGACACGUGAAUGCAUGUGUGGGCUUAGCUCAGACACUACGCGAUUUUGGACAUAACUGUGUAUUUAUAGUCAAUCAAAAUUGGAAAAAUAUGAUCUCCGGUUUGGGAUUUGAUUAUCAGAUUUAUAUUGAAAAACAUAAAACUGACAGUAAAGACAAGUUUUGGAUUGAAAUGAUGAGAGAGUCAGCAAAUAUACUAAUGUUGUCUCCGUUUGAAAAAUUGCGAGCAUUUGAAGCUCCCGGUUGGCCACCGCUUACCGAAAAUGUUCGGCUCUCUAAUGAUAAAAUCAAACUAAUCAUUGAUACCAUAAAACCGGAUGCAAUAAUAACCGACACAUUCUUAACAAUACCAGCAGUGGUCAGUGCAGGUGUUCCGUGGAUUGAUCUCAUCUCAUGUAAUCCACUUUACUAUUGGACUGAUCCGAGACUACCUCCGGGAGGAUCAGGAUAUGCAACAAAUAGUGAUAAAAAAUUAUGGAAAGAGUUUAUAAAUGAAGCAAUUGAUGCCUAUUCUGACUCUUGGGAGUCGUAUAAUAAAUGGUUACAAUCAGUGGGCGCACCAGCCCUUCAAAAUAAAUUUAGGUUCAGUAAUCCGUCACCUUUUCUUAAUCUCUAUAUGUGUCCUCUGGAACUAAAUUACGAAGAUAUUGCACCAAACGAUCCCGAGCUUUGUUUUAAUAUCGAUUCAAUGAUCAGAUCAGAUGUAAUCAAUAAUACAACCAAUACUUUUGAAAUACCAAAAGAAUUGUCUGAGAAAUCGGGAAAAUUAGUAUAUCUUUCAAUGGGAACCAUAUGUUGUUCAGAUUUAGCUCUAAUGAAACGUUUGGUUUCAAUACUAUCUAAAUCACAGCAUCGGUUCAUUGUAUCGAAAGGACCUUUAGGUGAUGAUUAUGAACUACCGGACAACAUGUGGGGUCGCAAUUCAUUACCACAGUUACAAGUGAUACCAUUGGUUGACUUAGUGAUCACUCACGGCGGCAAUAAUACAGUAACUGAAUCAUUAUAUUUGGGUAAACCGAUGAUUAUUGUUCCCGUAUUUUGCGAUCAGUUUGAUAACGCACAGAGAAUUGUUGAAAAACAACUCGGAUUAAGACUCGACCCAUACCUGUGCUCUCAAAAUGAAUUGAUUGAUGCCAUCGAUCGAGUGGUCAAUGAUUUCAAUUUAAAAGCAAAGUAUGAACUGAUUUCACAAAGAAUGCAAAGAAGCGAUUGGAGGACAAAAUGUGUCCAAAUUAUUAAUAAAGUAAUCAAUCGGUCAAAAAAUGCUACAAAUGAUAGCUAAUCAAUAUAUGAUCUUAUAUUUAAAUGUUAAACAUUUUUUGUCAAUUUCUUUAUAAAUA